AAUCAAAUUAAAAUUGUGUUUAAGCAUUCGUGGAGUGUACGCUUUUGUUUUGUCAAGAAAAGCUGUUGAAACCCACGAUGCUUAUAAUAUUUGUAAUAUUUUGAGUAGAUAAACAACAUUUUAAACGAAUAACAAUAUACAGGAAAAUGGAUGACAAACGGAAGUAUUCGGUGAUAUUUCGUUGUGCGGUGCCCAAAUGCUUGUAUACCACGAAACGUCUCUACAAUCUGCACCGUCACGCCAAGACACACAAGAAGGAACAUUGGCGCUCCAAGCGAUUUCCGUGUCCGUGUUGCGCUUAUGCGGCUGCAACACGAGCGCAUUUGAAGCGUCACAUGGGCAACAAGCAUCCGACGGAGGAUAUUGCGGCCCACGAUCUUACGGGUCUCGCCUACGAGGACCUCGAGCAGAUGGAGAAGUCGAAGGAGGAACAGGAACUAACGGAACUGAUGGACGAGACGGACCAGAAAGAAGAGUUUAUCGAGGGACCCGUGACAGUACUGCAAAUGGUCACGCCGCUGAAUCCGGAGUCGGAACCGCUGCCGGGGCAAAUGUACUGCAAUGUAACACUUGAGGGGGAAGCCUUUCGAUUGAUUCCCGUGGCGUUGCUUCCGGCGGAAGCAGCAGCGAAGGAGCUUUAACAUACGUAUAGACUACUUGUACUUUCUUCCCUCUAGGAGGGAUACGGAUUAUUACAGGCCGUAAUACUGGAGUCUGGAACUUGGAGCAUUUAUCAACAACGGCUACCGUUAUUUGUGCAGAUGUAACUAGUCAGGACGCGAGGAAAUCAGAAAACAAAGCUCCCGAAAAGGAUGAGGAGGAGGAGGAUCAUGUCAAGAUUCCGAGAAAUUGGCAAUUAAGUACAGACAUGCUAACUUCUGGAAGAUCAUCGCAAAGAUCACGGAAUUUAUUUGCAGGCAAUGUGGGAAUCGAAUCGGGCAUUUUCCAACACUAAAUGUUAGGGUUAUUCCACCCAGAUGAAAAAGUGGAAUAGUGAAAAUUUAAAUAUUAUUUCAUAUAAUGUAAUAUAUAAAAAUUAACAAAUUUGUAAAUAUGAAAACACUCACGGGCCUAUUGAAUAUUUAAUAUUAACUUUAACUGUUAAUUCGACGAAGGACUAUAUGGCUAAAAAAUGUAAAUUUCUUUAUAAUUUAUUUUUAAAAAUAUUGUAAUUUUAGUUGAAGGUGGAAAUAUGAUUUUGACAGUUUACUAAUAUUAAAAGAUUUUCGACGCGUAAAUUGAGCUCUGAAAAA